AUGCCGCGCAGCAAUCCAAAAUAUGUCAAGAAAGAUAAAAGGAAGUCGUGGAAGAAAGAAGACAUGGAAACAGCAAUUACAGUGGUUCGAGAAAAAAAGAUGGGAACCUUAAAAGCGGCAAAAACUUUUAAUGUGCCUCGUACAACCCUACAAACUUUGAGUAAAAAACUUGACCUUACUCCAGCACAAGCAGUUUGUACUAAGCUUGGGCGAAAGCCUUACUUGGGUGAAGACUUGGAAAAAGAGUUAGUUUCCUACUUACUCAUAAUGGAGCAGAAGUUUUAUGGGUACACUAUCCGAGAUUUGCGCAGAAUGGCUUAUCAAAUUGCAAUUAGAAAUCAUCUUGAAACGCCAUUUAACCGUAACGAGGCCGGCAGAUCUUGGGUGGAUCUUUUUUUAAAUCGUCAUAAAGAGCACCUAUCUAUUCGGAAACCAUGUGGAACAUCUUUCUCAAGAGCUUUAGGCUUCAACAAAGAGAAUGUUCAGAGUUUUUUCAAUAUGCUCGAAGAGGCUUACGAAAAACACAAAUUUCCAGCUGAGAGAGUGUUUAAUGUUGACGAAACAGGACUUUCUAUUGUUCAAAGCAAAAUUCCUCAUGUCAUUGGUCGAAAAGGAAAAAAGCAAAUAGCAGCCUUGACUUCUGCAGAGAGAGGUUCUACCGUAACGAUAAUUGCAUGCAUGAGUGCUUCUGGAGUUUUCGUCCCUCCUCUAGUGAUCUUCCCAAGGACAAAUAUGACUCAAAUCCUAAUGAAAGGAUGCCCUCCAGGUUCAAUAGGGAGAGCUCACCCCUCAGGAUGGGUUCAAAGUAAUAUUUUUACAGACUGGUUUGCUCAUUUUAUUGAGAAAGUCUGUCCGACAGAAAACUCGCCAGUUCUGCUGAUUUUGGACGGACAUUACAGUCACGUCCGAAAUCCAGAUUUAAUUGACAUGGCCCGAAAGAGCUUCGUGACAAUAAUUUGUCUUCCACCGCACUCUACACAUAAACUGCAGCCGCUCGACAAGACAUUCAUGGGACCAUUAAAAGCUUUUUAUAGUGAGGAAGUAAGACAAUUUAUUAGACAUUCAAACCGCGCUGUUACACCAUAUGACAUCAUGGAGCUCUUUGGGAAAGCUUACCUUAAGGUCCAGACGGGAGAUAUUGCAGUCAAUGGUUUCAAGGCAACCGGAAUUUUUCCUUUGAACAAAAAUAUUUUCACAGAGGCUGAUUUCAUAGCCUCUGAAAUCGAAGCAGAGAAAACAUGCAAUGCACCCCAGGCUGAUCAGUCAAAGGUGGUAGGAUCUACAUCAUCUUCCCAUGCAUCAUUUUCUCAAUGCUGCUCUUCAAGCACUCCAAAGAAUCUACCUGGACCAUCGAAGCAAAUUAGCCCUUUUCAAAUUGCCCCAGUACCCAACAUCAAGAAAAGGUCACAAAUCGUGGUCGCAAGUCUUCAAGUGCUUGUGUGA